AUGGAUACUGCACACAAAACAGAAGAUGAAAAAAAGGAAUACUUCGAUGCUCCUGAUGUUUUAGAAUAAAAGGUUACUCUUUUAGCUGAAAUGAUUAAAACUUCAAAGCACUUUGUAGCUUUCACAGGAGCAGGAAUUUCUACUUCUACAGGAAUUCCUGAUUUUAGAAGUGGAAUUAACACUGUUCUUCCUACUGGACCAGGAGCUUGGGAGAAAUUAGCCUAAAAAGUUGAUAAUAAGCAUAAAAAUAUCAAGACUAGCAUGUUGAAAGCUAUUCCUUCACCCACACAUAUGGCUUUGGUUUAGUUACAAAAAAUAGGUUAUUUGAAAUUCCUUAUUAGCUAAAAUGUAGACGGAUUGCACAGAAGAAGUGGUUUCUCACCCUAACACUUAGCUGAAUUGCAUGGCAAUACAAAUCUUGAAAAAUGUAAAAAAUGUGGCAAAGAAUACUUGAGAGAUUUUAGAGUUAGAAAUGCAUAGAAAGUUCAUGAUCACAAAACAGGUAGAAAGUGCAGCGAUUAAAAAUGCAAAGGAGAUCUUUAUGACUCUAUUAUAAAUUUUGGUGAAAAUUUACCUGAAAAAGAUUUAAAUGAAGGAUUUGCUUAAUCAAAAAAAUCUGAUUUGCAUUUGGUUUUAGGAAGUAGUUUAAGAGUAACACCUGCUGCAGACAUGCCUGCCACCACUGCAGAAAAAGGUCAAAAAUUAGUUAUAAUAAACUUGCAAAAAACUCCUUUAGACUCAGUAGCUACUCUCAGAAUAAAUGCUAUGUGUGAUGAUGUUAUGAAAAUGGUUAUGAAAAAACUUGGAUUAGAUAUACCAGAAUUCACUCUUGAAAGAAGAGUUGUCUUAGAAAAAACAGGUAUGAAUGCCUUAACAGUUUCAAGCUAAGACUCGGACGAUUCCCCCUAUGAUUUGUUUAAAUAAAUUAAAGUAGAUUACGGCAAAAUACAUCCUGAAUAAACUUUACUUAAGGCUCCAUUCAAUAUCAUACCAAAAAAUAAAACAUUCUCUCUAAAUUUAAGCUUUUAUGGACACUAUGGCGAGCAAGAUUUUAACUUAAAUAUCGAUAUGGCUGCUCUCUCCAUUAAUAAAAAAGUGAAAUAUUUAAUACAAUAUUCACCAAAAGAAUAAAAAUGGAUUAGUUGCAAAGAAAUAUGA